AUGAAUCUCCCACUAUCUCAGCGGCGGCGACGUCGAUCCAAUGCCUCUCCAUCGCCGAUAAGUAUCCCCAACGAUCUCAUCUUCGAAGUACUUUCCUUUCUUGCUGUCAAAUCCGUUAUGCGAAUGAGAUGCGUUAGCAAGUUCUGUAACUCCCUUUAUACUGAUCUUGUCUUUGUGAAAUUGCACUUUGACCGAUCUCAACAACAACCUCACCUCACACUUGUCACUACCAGUCAUCCUCUCACUCUCAGACUCGUACCUUUUCUAGUAAGCAAUUUACUAGAGAACCCUCCGAUCACCCUUACUCGUGACCCUUGCUACGUUAUCAACAACUAUUUCUACCCAUGGGAACUCUUCCACCGCGUGAUUGGUUCAUGUAAUGGACUGAUCUGUAUCCUCAGUUAUUCCGAUAUUAGUUCAUUCUUUUGGUUAAGUUUAUGGAACCCAUCCACAAGAGUAAUGUCUAAACAAUUAGGGUUUAAUUUCGCUCUUUUUAGUGAUGACUUCAAAGACCCUACAUCUUUCAAAUUCUCAUUCGGUUAUGAUCACUCAACAAACAAUUAUAAGGUAGUCAUGUUAAAAUUUCACAGUCACAAAUUAAGGAUAAUUGAGGCAAGAGUUUUCAGCUUGCGUGAUAAUGUUUGGAGACAGAUCCAAAAUUUCCCCAGUAUUCCUUUACAGAUGCUCGAUAUUCGCCAUCAAGUGAACCAAGGUGUGUAUUUGAACGACACUCUUAAUUGGUUGGCUUUAUUUGGUUUCAAGGAUACUUAUGUCGAAGUGGUUAUUUCGCUUGAUUUGGGAACCGAGACAUAUAGGCAGAUAGAAUUACCUCCUAGGUUUGAUGAGAAGCCUUAUGUUGACCCAACUAUCAGUGUAUUGAUGAAUCACAUUUGUUUUUCUUAUCAUUUUAAAAAUACUCAUUUUGUAAUAUGGCGAAUGAUGGAAUUCGGAGUUGAAGAAUCUUGGACUCAGAUCCUUAAAAUUAGCUAUGAAAGUCUUAAUAUCCAAAGUUACUUUAUGGACCGCAGAUUCUAUUUGAUGCCAUUGUAUCUUUCAGAAAACAGUGAAACACUGGUAUUGGCACACAACUUAGAAGACCAAGCAAUUAUAUAUAAUAUAAGAGAUAAUACUGCUCAGAGAACUAGAAUUACUAAUAAAAUAUCUUGGUUCUCGAUUAAGAAUUAUGUUGAAAGCUUGGUUUCAAUUUGUUGA